AUGGAUUUUGCUGAAAAUUAUUCGGUGAUAAUACAGGGUGCAAUCCAGAGUCAACAUUGGAGCAACACGCAAGUUACUCUUCACCCAAUUGUUCUUUAUUACAGAGACGAUGAAAACUUAUCUGUCAAAAGCGUUUGCAUGAUUAGCGACUGUCUCGAUCACAAUGUUUCCGCUGUUUAUGCUUUUCAAAAACAUUUAAUUAACUAUGUAAAACAAAACCUGAAAAACGUUACUUUAAUUAAAUAUUUUUCUGAUGGUGCGGUAAGUCAAUACAAAAAUUUUUCUAAUUUAAUUCAUCACAAAGAGGAUUUUGGAUUAAAAGCAGAAUGGCACUUUUUUGCAACUUCUCAUGGUAAAAGUCCUUGCGAUGGAAUUGGAGGGACAACAAAAAGAUUGGUUGCAAGAGCAAGUUUGCAGGCAUCAAUAAAAGAUCAGAUAUUGAACGCCAGAGAUUUUUACACAUACGCUGAUGCGAAAAUAAAUGGUAUUAAAUUUUUUUGGGUAGACAAAAAAGAAAUUAAAGAUCUGCUAGGAAUGCUUGAAAAAAGAUUUAAGUCAGCAGAUAAAAUAAAGGGUUGUCGAAGUCAUCACUCAUUUAUUCCAGACAAAAAUGAUCAACUUUUGAUGAAACGUUUGUCUUCAGAUUUAUUUGGAUACAAUUUUAAUAAAAAUGAAAGUGAAGACACCAAUGAUGAUUAUGAGCCGGGUCGAUUUGUAGCUUUGGUCUAUGAUAAGAAAUGGUAUUUAGGAAACAUUAUAGAAAGAGAUGAUAAAAAUGAUGAUUUAAAAGUUAACUGUCUGAAGAAAUUUAAAGAAAAUAUUUUUUAUUGGCCUAAAAAUGUAGAUAUUUGCUAUGUACCAUUUAAACAUAUUUUGAUUCUUAUACCUGAUGAUAACAUUUCUUAUGUUGGAAAAAUUCACAUAACUCCUCCUGAAACUGUUUUUAAACACAUUAGCACGUUGUAUAAUAAUUUUAAAUUGAAAAAAAAAAAAAAUUGA